AAGUGGAAUCCACCAGCAGGCCGGCCGUGCUCUUGGACAUUCAAACCAUGUCGACUUCUGUUGACUUCAGCCCUGUCUGCGCUCCCUGCAGCCAGCAUUCCCCCCGACCAUAGCCCAUCGCAAGCUUCAAGUUCCAAUCCUGCUCCUGGCCUGCAGUGCCUGCGCUUCGAGCGCUUCCUAUCUUUGCCAAGUGGGGGAACAAGCCACACACUUUACAGCCGAUCCGGGUGACAGGGGUUGCUGAUUGUGGCAUUUCCACCAUCCUGGAUCAGACCUUUUGCUUCCAUGAGCGGUAGAACGAAUCCAACCCUAUACUGAAACAGAGUCCAAACUUCGUUAAGACAGCCACCCAGGGCAAGGUUCCUGUCCAUGCCUCUCACUGUACCUAGUCCUUUGUGCCAUUAUAUCCACUUGUGAUAUAUCAAGACUAUGUGCGCCAACACAGUGCCUUAACCUUACGAAAGUACAUUCGGGUCAUCAUCACGUACACCCGGAUUUUGAGCUUGUAAUUCAACGACGACCUCAACAUGGCCACCGUCAUUGCUGGCGACCGAUUCUCCAGAAUCACCCCUGACGACCAUGCCGGCUCUCUAUGGAUUGCUUCUUUGCUUUGUCUGGUCUAUUCCGUCAUCACCUUGGCCUUGAGGGGUCAUCUACGAUGGAAGAUGUAUGGGCCUGACGAUUACCUGGCCACGGUAGCAACGGCAUUACACAUAGGCGAAGUAGUUGCUAUUAUUAUUGGGCUCCAACACGGCCUAGGUCAGACUCAAACUCUCCUUCGUGAAAGCGAUAUCGUCGAUGCCAGCAAGGCUACCUUUGCAGCACAAAUCCUCUUCAUUCUAUCAGCUGCUGCUCUCAAGGCGGCAACUCUAUACCUGAUGAUGCGACUGUUCAAUCUCAGUGGCUCAAAGGUCCAAAACCAAACCCGGUCGAGAUAUCUUUAUUGGACCUCCUUGGCCCUCCUUGCGUUGAUGGCUUUGUGGGGAGUCUCGGCCAUCGUAGCAGUCUCGGUCAAUUGCUCCGUCCCUGGAUUUAUUGAAGCCGAUAAUGCUGGGUGCACCAACCAAUUCGUCCGAUGGCAAAUCAUUACAGCGCUCGAUGUUUUCACCGAGUGCAUGCUCGUCUUGUUUUCGGUCUUUAUUGUCUGGCCGGUCCAACUUUCUCUUGCGCUCAAGACACAGGUUGUGGCGGCCUUUGCCUUUCGCCUACCGGUGGCGGCGUUGUCCCUCAUCCACCUUCACUACGUGUCAGAAUACACGAAAUCGGACAAUGUUGGACUGGCUAUCGUGCCGGUGCUCGUCCUUCAACAGGUCCAACUCUGCUGGUCCCUGAUUUCGGCCACGAUCCCCAACCUCAAGUCAUUUGUCAAGAGCUUCAGCAGUGGAUUCGGAAUUCAGUUGGAUCCUUCGGCAACACGUAUCUACGGAUCGUCGAACCAAUACGGACGAAACAACGGAUACGAGCUGGGCUCUGUUCGAGGGGACCCCAGGUCCAAGUCAAGAUCUGGAAAUGCUUCUUACAAUGACAUUGAGGGACCAACUGCACUCCCACAAGACGGCGCCAAUCAUAAAAAACACCCCAACGGAAGGGAUGAAGAGUCGAUUCACAGCGGUGGGAGUCAGGAUCAUAUCAUCCGCAAAGAUGUGCAGUGGAAGAUUCACUAUGAAAAUGCCGAGGGGCAACAGUGAUACAUCUUUGGCAUCUAUAGAGACUAAACCCAGCACAUGAACGGGACAUGUAAAGUGAUUUUUGUAUUACUACGACUGGCGUUGAAAAUGGGAUGGAAUCCAAUGAUUCCCAUGGGCCAAAAGCCAGGGAUUGCUGGGUAAGGACUGUGUAAAGCUAGAAAGGUACUAACGACAUGGUAUAAAGGGAUAAGGAUUGAACCCAGGAGGAAUAGGAUUGGAAAACCCUGAUUCACAUCAGGCAACCAACGAAAACUACGACGAAUAGCCAGUUCAGUGUUAGUGGACGCCGCAUAUGAGGGCAUUGACGGACGAGAAAUUCAUUCAGACCCUACCUCAAUGGCUUUGGAAGACUCGAUGGAUGAUAGUCUACAAGUCACGUUGUGAUGUCAACGGCUUUCAGGGGCGUCAGCCUGCAAGGUACGACCUUCUCAACCUUCUAUCUCUUGUUACACAACCGAUAUCAGUGGCUUCGGAGGAUGGAAUGUAUGCAAGGCACUGCAAGAAAACAGCCACUGUAUCAUUAAGGCUUAUGGUAAGACUUUAGGCGCAUCAAGAACAUAUCUAGAGUACCCUCCAUAACACACUUACUGCGAACGAAAGCAAGGUGCUGGGAUGAUCUCCAGAAAUUGUG